AUGAGAUUUAACGUCCAAGUGACUCUCAAGAGAGCGAUAAAGUUCACAAAGCUUACAGUAUUCCUCACAUGUGCCUGGCCUCCGCGGAAAAGAUUGUUCCUCUUCAAAAUAUUCAUGUGUUUUUCCGUGUUUUUAUCCAUCGCACUCCUUUUACCUCUAAUCGUUUCAAUUAUCCAACACUCGGACAAUUUUUUUAUCAUAAUAAAGUCCGUUAUUUUCAUUUGCGGUAUCGUUAAUUACGUCGCUAAAGUUAUCACCGUGAGGAUUUAUCAUGAAGAAUUGCAGGAACUCAGAUCAAUAGUCGAUAAGUUCGUGGACAAAGCAAACGACCAAGAAAAAAUAGUUAUGCAGAAAUUAAUCGACAAGUGCUGGAAGUUUCAGUUUUUUAUGACGUGCAGUUACUAUUUAACAACCACUGCAAUACUAAUUGGGCCUCUGGUGUUGCCCCAAAAAUUUCCCACUGAUGCUGUUUAUCCUUUUUCGGUGGACAAUCCCGUAAUUUCGAGGAUUGUUUACUUACAUCAGUGCUUUGUCGGCUACCAGUGCUCCGCCGGGAUGGCUCUCGACUGUCAAGCUGCCUUGUUUAUCUGGUUCUUGAGCGCCAAGUUUGAGUUACUUGGUGCUGAAAGUAAGUCAGUGGUUAAUCAUGACCAGCUGUGUCAUUUUGUUGAGAAACAUCAAGAUUUGUUGAUAUUUGCAGAUAAAUUAAUCCUUCCGACCCGGAUAAUGGCGUUCUCUACUGUGUCUGUAACCAAAAUUGGAAUGAUCUUUGGAGGUAUUUUUUUGAUUUCUAAUGAACCAUUGGCAGUUAAAGUUCAAUUUGGAAUCAUGGUUAUGAGUACUACGGCUAAUAUUUAUGUCUGUAGUUGGGCUGCUGAUUAUUUAAUAACUGUCUCGAGCAGUACCUUGUCAGAAGAAAUUUUCGGCUCCUCUUGGAAACACGAGCCAAAAGUUAGGAAAAUGUGGAGCAUAGUUCUCCUCAGGAGCCAAAAGCCAGUUGUAAUAAACAUCCCAGGUCUUCUAAAUAAUCUUUCCAAUGAAUAUUACGCAGCGGUAAGUUUAUUUUCCAUCACGUACAAUAUAAAAAUACGAUUAACCAUUAAUAAUUAA